AGCGCGCUGGUGCUGAUGCAGGAUGGCUGAGCGCGCAGGAGCCCGGGAGGUCUGAGCCGGGCGAGGCUCGUUCCCUGCGCAUCGCCUCGUCCGCCGGCCGCGUGGUCGCGGGCAGGUGGGCCCGGGGGCGCAGCGCAGGGCUGGGGCAGGACCAGGGGAGGUAGGUCUGCAGCCCGCGAGGCCAGAGGCUGAUAGACUGCCCACCUGCCCGUUCUGCGAGCGGCCGCAGCUGCCCAUCCGCUGAGUUCGCCAUGACCUGCUGAGAAGCUUCAUCGGAGGCUGCAGGAGGCGGCCUCGCUGCGGGCGGUGCGGUUCGCGGCCUCCUCCCUGGUUUGGCCGAGUCCCAGGCCCCCAGCCCUCCCCGCGCCCCCUCCCAGCCGCCGGCCGAGAUGGCGGAUCCAUCUGAAUGCAGCAUCAAAGUGAUGUGCCGGUUCCGGCCCCUCAACGAAGCGGAGAUCCUCCGCGGGGACAAAUUCAUCCCCAAAUUUAAAGGCGACGAGACCGUGGUAAUCGGGCAAGGGAAGCCAUAUGUCUUCGACAGAGUGCUGCCUCCCAGCACGACCCAAGAGCAGGUGUACAAUGCGUGUGCAAAGCAAAUUGUCAAAGAUGUCCUCGAAGGUUACAAUGGGACAAUUUUUGCAUAUGGACAGACUUCAUCGGGAAAAACGCAUACCAUGGAGGGGAAGCUGCAUGACCCUCAACUCAUGGGGAUCAUCCCAAGGAUCGCGCACGACAUCUUUGACCAUAUUUAUUCCAUGGAUGAAAACCUGGAGUUUCAUAUCAAGGUUUCCUAUUUUGAGAUCUACUUGGACAAAAUCAGGGACUUACUCGAUGUAUCCAAGACAAACUUGGCUGUUCAUGAAGAUAAAAACAGAGUCCCGUAUGUAAAGGGGUGCACUGAGCGGUUUGUGUCCAGCCCCGAGGAAGUCAUGGAUGUGAUAGAUGAAGGCAAAGCAAACCGACACGUGGCUGUAACAAACAUGAAUGAACACAGCUCUAGAAGUCACAGUAUCUUCCUGAUUAAUAUUAAACAAGAGAAUGUAGAGACUGAAAAAAAACUCAGUGGGAAGCUUUAUCUAGUUGAUUUGGCUGGGAGCGAAAAGGUCAGCAAAACUGGUGCCGAGGGAGCUGUUCUCGACGAAGCUAAAAAUAUCAAUAAAUCUUUGUCUGCUCUUGGAAAUGUGAUCUCUGCCUUGGCAGAAGGGACAAAAACUCAUGUGCCGUACCGGGACAGCAAGAUGACUCGGAUUCUUCAGGACUCUCUGGGUGGGAACUGUAGAACUACCAUUGUCAUUUGCUGUUCUCCUUCUGUCUUCAACGAAGCUGAGACGAAGUCAACGCUGAUGUUUGGACAAAGGGCUAAAACUAUCAAGAAUACAGUCUCUGUGAACCUGGAACUGACCGCGGAAGAAUGGAAGAAGAAAUAUGAAAAAGAGAAAGAGAAAAACAAGACUUUGAAGAAUGUUAUCCAGCACCUGGAGAUGGAGCUAAACCGAUGGAGAAAUGGAGAAGCUGUGCCUGAGGACGAACAGAUCAGUGCGAAGGACCAGAAGACUCUGGAGCCCUGUGAUAACACCCCCAUCAUCGACAAUAUUGCCCCUGUUGUUGCUGGCAUCUCUGCGGAGGAGAAAGAAAAGUAUGAUGAGGAGAUCUCCAGUCUCUACAGACAGCUGGAUGAUAAGGAUGAUGAAAUUAACCAGCAGAGCCAGCUGGCUGAAAAGCUGAAGCAACAGAUGUUGGAUCAGGAUGAGCUUUUAGCUUCCACAAGAAGAGACUAUGAGAAGAUCCAAGAGGAGCUGACGCGUCUCCAGAUUGAAAAUGAGGCAGCCAAAGAUGAGGUGAAAGAAGUUCUCCAGGCUCUGGAGGAGCUGGCUGUCAAUUAUGACCAGAAGUCACAGGAAGUGGAGGACAAGACCAGGGCCAAUGAGCAGCUGACAGAUGAGCUGGCCCAGAAAACGACUACAUUGACAACCACACAGAGAGAGCUGAGCCAGCUGCAAGAGCUUAGCAACCACCAGAAAAAGAGAGCUACAGAGAUCCUGAAUUUGUUGUUGAAGGAUCUGGGGGAGAUAGGUGGAAUUAUUGGCACCAAUGAUGUGAAGACUUUGGCAGAUGUGAAUGGAGUCAUUGAAGAGGAGUUCACCAUGGCCCGUCUGUACAUCAGUAAGAUGAAGUCAGAGGUUAAGUCCCUGGUGAACCGCAGCAAACAGCUUGAGAGUGCCCAGAUGGAUUCCAACAGGAAGAUGAAUGCCAGUGAGCGAGAGCUGGCAGCAUGCCAGCUGCUCAUAUCCCAGCACGAAGCCAAGAUCAAGUCCCUGACAGACUACAUGCAGAACAUGGAACAGAAGAGGAGGCAGUUGGAAGAGUCCCAAGACUCACUCAGUGAAGAGCUGGCCAAGCUCCGAGCCCAAGAAAAAAUGCAUGAAGUCAGCUUCCAGGAUAAGGAAAAGGAACAUCUGACGCGGCUGCAGGAUGCUGAGGAAAUGAAGAAGGCGCUGGAGCAGCAGAUGGAGAGCCACCGGGAGGCUCACCAGAAGCAGCUGUCCAGGCUUCGAGAUGAAAUUGAGGAGAAGCAGAAAAUCAUUGAUGAGAUUCGGGAUUUGAAUCAGAAACUUCAACUGGAACAAGAGAAGCUCAGUUCUGAUUAUAACAAGCUGAAAAUAGAGGACCAAGAGAGAGAAAUGAAACUGGAAAAGCUGUUAUUGCUCAAUGACAAAAGGGAACAAGCCAGGGAGGACCUCAAAGGGCUGGAAGAGACAGUGUCUCGGGAACUGCAGACUCUGCACAACCUCCGUAAACUCUUCGUCCAGGAUCUGACUGCCCGGGUUAAAAAAAGUGUAGAGCUGGACAGUGAUGAUGGAGGGGGCAGUGCUGCCCAGAAGCAGAAAAUCUCCUUCCUAGAGAAUAACCUGGAGCAGCUCACGAAGGUUCACAAGCAGCUGGUCCGGGACAACGCAGACCUGCGCUGUGAGCUGCCCAAGCUGGAGAAGCGGCUGCGUGCCACCGCGGAGCGCGUCAAGGCUCUGGAAAGCGCGCUGAAGGAAGCCAAGGAGAACGCCAUGCGAGACCGCAAGCGCUACCAGCAGGAGGUAGAUCGCAUCAAGGAGGCAGUGCGAGCCAAGAACAUGGCCAGGAGGGCCCACUCGGCCCAGAUAGCCAAGCCCAUCCGCCCUGGACACUACCCAGCAUCAUCUCCAACAGCCGUCCACGCCAUCCGAGGAGGAGGAGGCGGCUCUUCAAACUCCACUCACUACCAGAAAUAAAUAUGAAGUACCUUGCUUCUUCAAGAUCAUCUCAAGGCCAUCAAAAUGACUUCUACAAUUUACGUUCCAAGUGUAGUAAGCAGAGAGGAAGCAGGGAAGAGGCAGAAGCAGCUCUCCCUCCCACUGAAUCGGCUCCCUUUAAGCAGCCUUCACAGAAGUCCCAUACAGUCCUGACGCCCACGUCCCUCUGGUAUAACCGAGGCACGUAGCCACAUCUAUCUGCAAGGGAGGCUAGAAAGGAUGGUCUUUUAAAAAGCUGGGCGCAUCACUGCCCCCAAAGAAGAGUGGUGUUCUGCUGAGGGCAGGAGACGGAUGCCGGAGUAGACAGCCAGCACUCUGUGUUAAUUGAACAUCUGGCGUGCAGCAGCGCUGUGCUAGAUGUAGUAUCUACGUUACCUCAUUUGAGUAGCGCACAGAGAGGUCACUGUGCUUGGGUCCCAGCAAACCCUUAAUAAAUAUACCAGCCCAGGGACUCUAGGUCCAGACACUGCAGUGGACAGUCACUUCCCCAAUGCUGUCCCAUAAAGGUCUGCCAGACCCACAUUUUAUGUAAGGUACAUACAACCAAACGUUGGCCAUUGAUCACCUGGAUAUCCUCUUCUCAUGUGAAGAUUGAAGAUCAGUUGGUCUGGUGAGACUUUGAAGACUUUCAGUGUCACAGAACCACCCUCACCACCAUGGUGAUUCAUUUCAUUCCCUACUCAAAGUACAGGCCAUGUGCUUUUCUCACAACCUCACAAAACAAACAGGCCCCUUUCCCAUUGUCAAGAUGGUGGUGUGGUCACGGUGCCUGGCUUUGGACAAGAGACCUGGUCAGCGGCAGGUCUUCCACUUUCUUCGAGUUAUUUAAUCUCUGAGUCAGUUUCCUCACUGUGAGAUAGGGAGAACAUUUUCCCUGGGUCAUUCGCAUUGGUACGAGUACCAAACGAGGUCAUGCUUCUGAGCCGCCUGGCAUGUCACAAGCACUCAGAAUGUCGGCUUCUAGGGUAGAUGAGCAGUGCAGUACUUGGCACAGUGCACGCAGCUGAUAAAUGUUGGUUUAUAAUCUCCUUAGAUUUACGUAGUUGCUACAAAAUAAUUUUUAGUUUUCUCUGUAGCACUAGAUUAUAACAGUGGGGAAAGCCCAUGUCUGAGUAUCCUGUUUGCCGCUAUGAGAAGAUAUAAGAGAUUUUAAAGAUACUAUCAUUUAUUUACUUAAAAGUUAUGAAUAAGAACAUUGACUGUAAGAAAAUGACUGGGCAUUUGUCAGUGGAAGUAAAAAAAAAUAAAAUAAAAUAAUAAAAAUAAAAAGGAUAGCAACCGAUAGAGUGGGGAAUCAUAAUUGGAAGUGAGGAAACACUAAAUCAUUUUAAAAGAAAUUAUUGGAAAUACAGAGUUUAUUGUUUAGGUGAGAUAAACCCCUUUUUGAGGUGGUCUUUCUGUACCCUUCGGAUUCUCAUUCUGAAGUGUGUUUGCCGUGGGCGGAAAUGACCUCAACUGCUGACCCUUCCCAGCCCUCCUGUUGGAGCCAAAGCGGCAUAUUUAUACUUGAGCAGCAUCUGGAUAUCUUUAAGGUUUUCUUCUGCUCCAUUUCAGGGUUCAAGAAAUAUAAUCACAAGGAGUAUUUUGGUUUAUUUUCAGGAUUUCAGAGGAACUGAAGAUGUAGCAAUUGACAUAUAGAAACCAACAUGUAGAUCAAAAGAACCCAGGGUAAUGCUCAUCUAGUUCAUUCACAUCUAGGGCAGCUGCCUCACAGGAAGGGGGACCAUCUUUUUCAGACCCUAAAACUGGACAUGGGGCAGUAUAGUGCAGCAAGCUAAGGACAUGGGACAUGGGAUAUGGGAUUGGCCAGACGUGGGUUCCAGCCCUGGCCUUGGCUUUACUCCUGUGUGACAUUGGGCCAGUUGUUUGGUAUCCUUCAGCCUCAGUUUCCUCAUUCACGACAUGGGGUCAGACAUCGAGAGCCUGCUCUUGGUUUAACAGUGAGUGAGACAAAGCAAGCUCUGUUCUUAUGCACCGAUAUGCUUACUAUGGUGGGAGACACAGCAAAUGAACAAGGUCACUUAAGAUAGUGGCAAGUGUUCUGAAGAAAAUAAGAUCAGGUUAAUAGACUGGGGAUGGGAGAUGCUUGUUUAAAAAGAAGGGGUGGCAUUUGAGCUAAGAACUGAAUAUCGAAAAACGCCAGUCACUCACAUGUCCUGGGACAGUGACACAGACACUCGCUGGAAGGUGAGAAUGACUGUGGCAUAUUUGAGGAGCCAUGGAAGACUGACAGGGCUAAAGCACAAAGAACAGAAGAGACCAUCAUGAUUCGGGUUGUUAGGGAGGAGAUGGGGACUGGAUAGAUAAGGGCUUCGAGGCCCAGGUGAGCAGUCAAGAGUGUGACCUAAGUGCGUGGGGCCACUGGGGGCUUUGGGAUGGAAGUGGUGGCGGGAACUGGUUCAUGAUUGGAAAGGGCCAUCCUGGGCCGGGGUCCAGAUAAAGGAUGGGGAUGUGGUGAGAGUUAAGAGCAGGGGCUCCCCUAGGGGGCUGUUGAGGGCGUCCACUUGUAAGAGAAUAGCAUGGAGCCGAGGUGGUGGCAACAGAGAUGGUGCCAAGUGGUCAGAGUCAGCUCCUGUGUGAGAGCUGAGGGUGGAGGGGAGAGGAGGAGAUGGAACUUAAAGGUGGUUCCCAGGUUUGGGCCCUAGCAACCAGGUAAAUAUUGGUACCUUUUAGCAUAACUGGGAAAAUUGGGUGGCGAGCAGGUUUUACGGAAAAACAGAGUUUGACUUUCAUCAUGCUGUUUAUAAGGUGCCUCUUAGACAUCUAACCGAGCUCACCGUCCAGUGUGUGUGUUGAGUAGGCAGUUGGAUCGAUAAGUGAAGCUCAAGAAAGAAGUUGGGGUUGAGGUGGUAGAGAGGUAUAACCUGUAGGUUGUGUUUAAGGCUGUGGCUCUGGAGGAGGUGACUUAGAGGAAGGGUGGACAGUAGCAGAGAGAUGGGGGACUUAGGCCAGGCCCCGGGGACUUCAGAAAAAGGAAGUGGCACCAGCAAAGUCAUCUGAGAAGGAGAAUGUGAAAUUUGGAGAGGCCAAGUACAGACCUGGUUCCUUGAAAAAGGUGGUCAUCUGUGUCAAAGGAUGCCCAGAGCUUGAGGAAGAUGACAGUGGGGACUGGGUAGUUGGUGAAGGCUGGAAAGCAGUGACCUCAGCAGCUUCAGCGGAUGGGGAAGCAAGCCCAGUUAGCUCAGGCUAGGGAGAGCGGAGGUGGGGAAGUAGAGUCAGCAACUGCACCAGCUUGGAGUGUUACUUGAAUGGAGGGAUGUGGGAUUAACACGGGGUUUGCACUAUCACAGUUUAUUUGUAUGUGGAUGGUAGUGAUCCAGCUGAGAGGGGAAAUGGAUCGUGCAGGAGACAGAAGAACUACCAGUAAAGGUACUGGCUACAUCAGAGGUUCUGUGAUCUAGUGAAUAAGCAGAGGUGACACUGCAUUCAAGGUGACCGGAAGGCAGAGUAGAGUGCAGGUGCUGGAACAGGUGAGGUGGCGAAUGGGAUGUGCAGGGAGGUGAAAGGGGCCUCAGGUUAUCAGCUGAGAGGGAGUGGGGUAGAUGGGCUGCAGGCUGGAGAAUAGAGGAGGUGUGAAACAGCCCUCUCAGGCAGCGCUAAGUGCUUAUUCGAGGUCCCACAUUUAAUGCAGACACCAUUUAAAUACUUGCCUCGCUCCCCGGUUCUGAGAGCCCAGGCAGACCACUUCCUUUCUUGGCGGUGCUUUAUCAAGCACUUGUUCAGAUGUAUUCACCAGAUGGCGCCAGUGGGGCACUGCUGAAGCCUCUGCUGUUUUCUGGAGGACUGUGA